AUGCAUCAUUUAAGAGUUUAAUUUCUAUGUUAAGUAAAGGUAAACACAUCUUCAAGGAUCUUGAGUUUUCAGCUAGACGGUCAAAAGAAAUCAGGCCGGUAAGGGUGUUUGUUCUUUGUACAUGUCAAGCUUUCAAAAAUGUUUAUUUCAGGUCGUGCUACGACUGUAAUGUAUGUAAAUUUAGAUCAUUUAGAAUAUUACUAAAUUAACUUACAAUGUUGGACUCUUUAUUUGAGACAAACAAUUCAAAAGACAUAUGAACAUCGUAGUCGUAGAACAUGUCACAUCCACCGUUUUUUCGAAUACGCUCUGAUGUAUAUGUAUAUAUGGGCCAUAUCUUGACUUUUGUGGGUCUCACUGAUUUGAAGAUGCUUGUAAAUUCGUUGUUUGAGCUACCUGUUUCCUUAACGUUGUGCACCAUUAAUCGUGGUGAAAUUCUUCGAUCGAGAGUGGUGUUGGUGACUCCAUCAAGUCUUGUAGGUGUAAGGGGCUGCAAGAUGCUACUGUACCAUUGGUAUUGCAAAAUAUCAGUGAAACCUGGUUGAAGAAAUGAUCUCACUCCCCAAUGCUUAAGGUUUCUCUAGUAAAUACAUAGGAAUGGAUGAAAUGAUUUUAUUUUAUUUUGACACAACUGACAUGUUCAGACACGUCAUUGCAGAAGACCCACCAAAUGAUCAACUAUUUCUCCCUCAACCGCCUGUUAAACGUAUUCCUUGGUUAUAAGAAUAAUCCGCCAGGGUAACCUUAAUACUGCCAUGACAGCUUCCACUUAGAAUCAGGUGUCGAAAUUAUCAUAGCAAGGUAGCGUCGGC